AUUCAUUGCACUUUUUUUUAUCAACUGUCGAUGGAAUUAGCAAAAGAGUCAAAAGUGAUUCUUUUAUAGCACCGAAUUUUUCAACAUAGCGUCUUCUCUCUCUCAGACAGCUAAAAUCCCCACUCGCCGGAAAUUUCUAAUUUUCACCUAAUCGGUGUAUCUCUUUCUUAAUGGGGAGACACGCGGCGGCGUUGAAGAUCGGGUUAGUUUUGCUGGGACUGAGCAUGGCUGGUUACAUACUUGGUCCGCCCCUCUACUGGCAUCUCACUGAGGCUUUGGCCGCCGUUAGCCACUCCUCCGCCGUCGUUUCCACCUCCUCUUGCCCUUCCUGCCCCUGUGAUUGUCCUCCUUAUCCCGCUAUCACAAUUCCCAAAGAACUCAGUAAUACUUCUUUUGUCGGUGAGUUACUUGUGAUGGAUUGUGCAAAGCACGAUCCUGAGGUGAACGAAGACACUGAGAAGAACUAUGCUGAACUUUUAACCGAGGAACUGAAGAUGCGUGAAGCAGAGUCUUUAGAGAAACACAAACGAGCAGACAUGGGACUAUUGGAGGCCAAGAAGGUAACAUCUUCAUACCAAAAGGAUGCAGAUAAGUGCAACUCCGGUAUGGAAACAUGCGAAGAAGCUCGGGAAAAGGCGGAGUUAGCACUCUCCAAGCAGAAAAAGCUAACAUCCAAGUGGGAAGAGAGAGCUCGUCAAAAAGGAUGGAGAGAAGGAGCCACCAAGUCAAAUGCUAAAACCAAAAGCAAUGUUCAGGUUGCUUAGGAAACCCCAAGGAUCAGCAAAAGGAUCUUUAGUUCCAAAUCACUCCUGUAACAUUGUAACUGGGUUGUGACAAUAUAAUGUCAACUACUAUUAUAAUCUUCAAUAUAACAAUCACUAAUUAUAAUA